AUGCUGCACUUCGGAAUAAAUCUAUUAAUCUUGCUCUUGAUUGGAUUUAGUGAAGAAUUUUUUAAUGGUGAUGUAUCAACAUUAAGUAAUGGAACAGCACUUCGUCUUAAUUUAACAUGUUUCUAUUAUGAUGAAUUAGUAACUGAUAGUGAAUAUUGUGUUUAUCAAUAUUUUUAUAAUGGUUCAUCAUCGACAGUAUCAUAUGAUUAUAUGGAAAUAACAAAUAUAUAUAGAAGUAUUUCGAAACGAUGCACAGGAUUUUCAGAUACAAGUGAUAUUGGUUUUGGAUUUUGUUCACCACUUGAAUAUGAAUUAUUUGAUAUAUCAAUACUUUGUAUUUGUGCAACAAAUAUGUGUAAUAUGAAUUUAACUACGUGUAAAUCAUCAGUUACUAAUCAAUUGCAAACAAAUUCUGCACCUUCUGUUCUUGAUUCGAUGAUUCCUGAAAUAAUAACGCCAAUCUCUUGCUUUGAUGAAACAUAUGAUUUCAACGCAAGUUCCUUUUGUUAUUAUUCAGCUUCUCCUUAUAUUGAUAUAGAAAAAUGUAAUGAAUAUACUAUGAACAAUACAGUACUAUGCAUGUUUGAUGUUAUUGAUGGGCAGACAAGUCCUAUGGCGAUUACCAUAGAUUAUUCUUCAUAUUAUCUAUCGGGAGCACUUUUUAGAGUAAAUCAAUUUAAUCGAGAUUGGACUAGCACAUUAUCAUACAAAGAAACACCAGGUUCAUUCGAUAUUAAUUUUAAUGUUACUCAAUUAUAUAAUAAUACCAAUAUAACAAUCGUUCGACAGAGAUGUUUUUGUGUUGAAGAUUAUUGUAAUAAUAAUAUAACAACUUGUCUUAAUGCAAACCAAACAAUACCAUUAGAAAAUAGUGCGAUAAGUAAAUAA